AUGGCUGAAUUAAACGAAACUUUUUUAGUUAAUCUGUUAAGACCGACAAACAUAUCAGAUACGGUUGAUGGUCCUCUUGAAACAGUCCAAAAACCACUGAAAGAUAUACAACCAAUAGUACAAGAAAAUUCAACUGAACAUCAACAACAUCAGCAAAAUUCGCUUGAUUUAGUAGGCGUUCUACCAAAAUCAGAUGAAGAAAUUGUGUUUCCCAACGUGAUCGAUUUAAAUGUGGGAGGUUAUCAUUACACAACAAGUCUUUCAACACUAAGAAAGUAUGAAGAUUCAAUGUUAGCUGUGAUGUUUAGUGGACGUUACCAAUUGGUUAGGAAUGAAGAAGGACACAUUUUUAUCGAUAGAGAUGGAAAGUACUUUGGUCAUAUCUUAAAUUAUAUCCGUGGUGAUACAAUACCACCCGAAUCACUUUCAUUAGAUGUUUUACGUGAAGCAGAGUUUUUUUGUAUUAGUUCAUUAAUGACAAAAUUAGAAACAUCAAGUCCAUGUGUGAUAUCGUUGAGACGUCGUGAAUAUUUUCGUCGAUUAAUACCAGACUAUGAACAUAUGAAAAUGGAUAUAAUCAAUAGAUGUGUUGAAAAAAGAAGUUCAUUUCAUGAAUCAAAAGUGGUUAUAAGUCAAUUAGAUCAUACAAAAUUAAAAGGUUCAAAAUAUUUUUAUUUUAUUUUAUUUGUUUAUUUAUUUUUCUAUCUUAAAAUAGGCACAAUUCCAUGUUACAAUUGUAGUCGAGAAUUUGUUACUGUCAAUCAUGCAUGUGCAUUCGAUGGACUAACCGCUGAUCUACAAAUACAACAACAACUAAAACCAAUUCAAAAUGAUAUUCAUAUCGAUAUGGAUAAAUUGAUAGCUUUUGUUGUUGACGAAUUGUGUCAUGAUGGAUUCAAAGCAACAUGUGAACGAGUUAUAUGUCGUUUUAGUGUAAGAUGUCAAGGUUGUACUUUAAGUGGGCUUUAUACUGCUGGAGGAAUCUUGGCACCAAGAGAAUGUCAAAAUGUGGCACAUGUCGUCAAAUUUAUAUGGUCAUAA